UUAACUUCAAAGUUUUAUUCGGCCCUCAGUUAACUUAAACAAACCCCUCUCCUUCUAAUGGAAUCCGGUGGUGACGGCCGUGGUCGCGGCGGAAGAGGGCCACGCCGCCAACAACGACAGCCGGAGCUCAAUCUUCAACCACAAUGGCGCCGUCCCUUAACAUCACCAACAACCUCACACUCAAACAUCACUCUCCAACCCCAAUGGCGACGAUCGACGCAACCGCCGCCAACAGCCCUUCCUUCUCACCCUCAGUAUUCUGCCGCCGCCGCUGAACAACCGCGUGAGCUCCUUCUCCAACCAGAGUGGCGCCGCCCGAGGCCCCCGACGACGACAACAACUUCUGCUCCGGAACCGGAACCGGAACGGAGGCUACCGAGGCCCACUUCUUCGUUCUGGAACCAGAAUCAGUAUUCUCCGAAGCCGCAGAGCUCGAGUUCCGGCAGUGAAGGUUCUAGAACUUCCAGCGCUGCUGACCAUGCUGACUUUUGGCGACUUCCCUCAGAUUCUCAAGUUCCCAAACUAGAAAGACUGCAAAUAUCCAGACAGUUAGCUACCCCAUCUAGUACCCUCGAAAGGAAGGAUAAGCUUUCACCUAUUCGGAGACCCGACAAUGGUGGCACAUUGGCAAUUCUAACUAGCAAACUCCGUGUUAAUCAUUUCCCUGUGAAGUUAAAUCCAGAGAGUGUAAUAAUGCAUUACAAUGUUGGCGUUAAACCAAAGUUUCCCUCAAAGCAUGGCCGGCCUCAGAAAUUAUCAAAAUCUGAUCUGUCCAUGAUUAGAGAUAAAUUGUUUUCUGAUGAUCCAGAGAGAUUACCCCUGGAUAUGACUGCAUAUGAUGGUGCAAAGAAUAUCUUUAGUGCAAUACAAUUACCGGAAGAAACCUUUACUGUGGAGCUUUCUGAAGGAGAUGAUGAAAAGACCCUUACAUAUAGUGUUACCUUAACACUUGUUAAUACAUACAGGCUUCGCAAGCUAAUGGACUAUCUUAAUGGUCACAGCCUCUCAAUUCCCAGGGAUAUUUUACAAGGGAUGGAUGUGGUGGUCAAGGAGAAUCCAUCUAGGCGCACUGUUGCAGUGGGACGACACUUCUAUCCCCCUAUGGCACUGAAAGAUCUUCACCGCGGCAUAAUUGCUGUUGGUGGGUUUCAGCAUAGUUUAAAGCCUACAUCGCAGGGUCUGUCCCUAUGCGUAGACUACUCUGUGUUGGCUUUCCGAAAGCAAGUGUCAGUCUUGGAUUUCUUGCAUGAGCAUAUACAUAAUUUUAAGUUGGAGGAAUUUGAAUACUUCAGAAAGGAUGUUGAAGAUGCACUUAUUGGAUUGAAAGUUAGUGUGACUCAUCGUAAAUCCAAACAGAAAUAUACUGUUGUGAAAUUAACACCUCAGAAUGCAAGGUACGUCACUUUCCCCAUUGACAAUGCUGAGGGGUGGAAUCUCUCAAAGAAUGCUAGUCUUCUUAGCUUUUUUAGAGACAAAUAUGGGAAAGACAUUGUAUACAAAGAUAUUCCCUGUUUAGACUUAGGGAAAGGCAACAAGAAGAACUAUGUACCUAUGGAAUUCUGUGUUUUGGUUGGGGGGCAGAAAUAUCCUAAAGAACGUCUGGAUGCAGAUUCUGCAAAGACAUUGAAAGCACUGUCACUAGCUCACCCAACUGAGAGGGAGAGUGCAAUACAAAAGAUGGUGCACUCAAAUGAUGGACCUUGCGGUGGUGGUGUGAUAACAAAUUUUGGAAUGAAAGUGAACACGAACAUGACAACCAUUCUAGGACGUGUCAUUGCCCCCCCAGAAUUAAAGCUAGGUGAUCCAAAUGGCAAGGCUAUCAAGAUAUCGUUGGAUCUAGAGAAAUGUAAUUGGAACCUUCUUGGAAGAUCAAUGGCAGAAGGCAAACCAGUUGAUUGUUGGGCCAUUCUUGAUUUUACUAGUUCUGGGUCAUAUAGGCACCAAUUGAGAGUCAACGAAUUCGUUAAAAAGCUUAUUGGUAAAUACGAAAGAAUGGGUAUAAACAUGCAGGAGCCCAUUUGGUAUGAAGAAUCUUCAAUGCAGAUACUUGCAAGGAAUGAUUUGCUCUCUGAAUUACUUCAAAAGAUUAGCAAUACUUGUAAACAGAAUCAUGGUCACAUGCAAUUUCUCCUGUGUGUGAUGACUAAGAAAAGUCCAGGUUACAAGUACCUUAAGUGGAUUUCUGAGACCAAAGUUGGUAUAGUGACACAAUGCUGCUUAUCUCAUAGUGCUAAUGAAGGGGAUGACCUAUUUUAUACUAAUCUGGCCCUCAAGAUCAAUGCCAAGCUUGGAGGCAGUAAUGUAGAGCUCAACAAUAUGUUCCCUUACUUUGAGGAAGAUAGGCAUGUUAUGUUUGUUGGGGCUGAUGUCAAUCAUCCUGGUUCUCGGGACACCAAGAGUCCAUCGAUUGCUGCUGUGGUUGCAACUGUUAAUUGGCCUGCAGCAAAUCGUUACGCAGCACGUGUUUGCCCUCAGUACAAUCGGAGCGAGAAAAUACUCAACUUUGGGGAAGUUUGCUUUGAGCUUGUUGCAUGUUAUAGAAGGAUGAAUGGAGUCAGGCCUGAAAAAAUCAUCAUUUUUCGUGAUGGGGUGAGUGAGUACCAGUUUGAUAUGGUUCUUAAUGAAGAGCUACAGGAUUUGAAGAGAGAAUUCCAGAGAUUAAAUUACUUCCCAACUAUCACUCUUAUUGUAGCACAAAAACGACAUCAAACUCGAUUCUUUCCAGAGGGUAGGAGGGAUGGAUCAUCCACUGGCAAUGUUUUGCCAGGAACAGUUGUUGAUGCAAAAGUUACUCACCCUUUUGAGUUUGACUUUUACCUUUGUAGUUACUAUGGAAGCAUAGGCACCAGCAAGCCUACUCACUACCACGUUUUAUGGGAUGAACACAGGUUUAAAUCUGAUGAAUUGCAAAAGCUUAUAUAUGACAUGUGCUUCACCUUUGCAAAGUGCACUAAACCUGUAUCGUUAGUCCCUCCAGUGUACUAUGCUGACCUCGCUGCUUAUAGAGGACGAUUAUACCAUGAAGCAAGGGUUGGGAUGCAAUCUAUGAAAUCAGUAGGAUCCUCAUCUUCUAAGGCUUCUUUUGAGCAGGGAUUUUAUAGGUUGCAUCCUGACUUGGAAAACUUGAUGUUCUUCAUCUAAAGGAUAUAUAUCU